AUGCGCUUGGGUUUAUACCUGGCCUUUGUGGCCGCAUGCUUUGCGUUGGACCGAGAUGUCGGCUAUUUAAUGACGAGGUUACCGGAAAAUGCUGCCGUCGGUUCGCUCAGAUGUUUCGUUGGUAUUGUUGCUGAUUAUAAUAACACCUCUAUUGGUACUGAGGUAUUUUGUAAUGGACUCUGUGGUUCGAUCUCAACAUCCGUCGGCGGCUCCAAGUUCACCACGUACAACUGCUUCCCGCAAUCAUUUUGCGAGUAA